AUGGCAGUCCCUCUCGUCUUCACCAACGCCCGCCUCUUCACUGGCGCGGGCCCCUCCACUACUAACUCCACCGAACCCACUACCCUUGUCGUACAAGAUGGCAAAAUCGCAUUCGUCGGCACGCCUGAUGCCCCCGCGUUCAACACCUACGCCCAUGCCCCCGCCACCGACCUGAACGGCGCAUACAUACUCCCCGGCUUCAUAGAUGCGCACACGCACUUUCUCCUACUAGGCCAGUCCCUCGCAAAAGUGCAGCUAGAUGGAUGCAAAGACCUGGCGGACAUCCGCGCGCGCAUCAGCGCCUAUGUCGCGCAACACCCAGAGAAAGAGAGGGUGCUGUGCAGCGGGUGGAUGCACAGCAUGACGGGCGGCGUAGCGCUCGCGUCGAUGCUGGACGACCUCACCGACAAGCCUGUGUACAUCGACUCUAAGGACCUGCAUUCGUGCUGGUGCAACAGCGCUGCGCUGAGGGAGAUGGGCGUGGAGGACAUGCCGGACCCGGACGGCGGGAGGAUCGAGAGGGAUGGGGAGGGCAAUGCGAGCGGGCUGCUCAGCGAGGCCUGCGUGCUACUCAUCGUGUGGCCGCAUCUCGCGCGCGUGCUCAGCACCGAGGAGAAGCUCGCGAGCCUGCGUGCGGCGAUAAAGGCGUACCAUGCCGUUGGCGUCACGGGCGCCAUUGACAUGGCCAUGGACGACAACGCGUGGGCAGCGCUCCUCGCGCUCCGCGAUGCAGAAGGCGGGAGCCUCCCUAUCCGCAUUGCAGCACACUGGUGCAUCAAUCCUGGCACCAGCGAGGCCGACCGCCUCGCUCAAGUCGACCGCGCAAUCGAGCUCGCAGGCCAGUACAACAGCACCACGUCCCCUGACCUCCGAGUAGUGGGCAUAAAGCUCAUCUGCGACGGCGUAAUAGAUGCCUGCACCGCCGCCCUCUCAGAGCCCUACACCACCAAUGUCGCCUCCCCGGAUCCCAUCUGGACGCCCGCCAUGCUCGCUCCCGUCGUAGCCAAAGCCUCCUCCGCAAGCCUCCAAUGCGCACUCCAUGCAAUCGGCGACCUCGCCGUCUCCAACGCCAUCACCGCCCUCCGCACCCACGCCACACCACACCUCCGCCACCGCAUCGAGCACCUCGAACUCACCUCCCCCGCCUCCGCCGCCCUCCUCGGCGCCCUCAACAUCACAGCCUCCAUCCAGCCCGUCCACGCCGACCCCGCCAUCCUGCGCGCCUGGCCCGCUCUCCUCGGCCCCGCCCGCCUCGCCCGUGCCUUCGCCUACGCCGACUUCGCCGCCCACGGCGCCGUCCUCGCCCUGGGCAGCGACGCCCCGACCGCCCCGCACCCCCCGCUGGCAAACUUGUACGUCGCGACGACGCGGAAGAGUGCGCGGGACCCGGCCGCCCGCGAUGCGCCGGUGAACGAGGGGUUUAAGCUGGGAAUCGCGCAGGCGGUAACGGCGGCGACGCGGGGCGCGGCGUAUAGCUGUUUUGCGGAGGAGCGGGUGGGCACGCUUGAGGUGGGCAAGGAGGCGGAUUUUGUGGUUGUCGAGAUGCGGUUCGAGGCUGAGGAGCUGCUGAGGGCGCGGGUGCUGCAGACGUGGUUUGGCGGCCAGAAGGUGUUUGCUGCUGAGAAGGUGGGGGAUGGGCGGACGGAGAUGUGA